AUGAAUGUGAAUAAUUCAGGACUGGUGUCAAGUUACAGGCCUUUAAUAAGGGCUUUGGUUAAGGCUAGUAAAAGGAGCCAUAUUGAACAGAUAAAACAGGAUAUCAAAAAAGAGAUUACUGUUCUAACAUAUAAGAAGAUUCAAACAGUAAGAGAACAAGCAGACAUGAAGGAUUCUAAUGAGAAAUUAAAUUUAUUAAAGCUAUCGCACUCCCUUUCGAAGCAAAUUGAGGAUUUAAAAUCUCAAGAUCCAAGUAAAUCUAAAAAGUUGUUUUUUUAUCCACAUUCAAAGGAGCUAAGGUCUAUAAUAAUGUCUGAUCCUGUUAGUAGGGGGGUGUUUGAAAAGAGGCUGGAACAUUUAAUGGAUGUUGCAGCUUUUGUGAAAAAUCAAAUGGAAUACGAUAUAUUAAUUGACCGUUAUAAUCCAGGUUUGGGAAUGUCUCAGGAGGAGAAAGUUAGAAGGACCGCUAAUAAGGUCGGUCUUCAAGUUCCUGAAGACGUUUUGUAG